AUGUUGUCACGUACCUCAAUCCUCGCAAUAGCUCCUCUGUUGUCACUACUACACACCGCGCUCGCCGUUCCCGAACCUGGCACGCUCGGCUUUCAAUUUCACAAGCGUACUGUCAGUGGCGAGCAAGCUCUAGGUCUCAGACGAAGACAGAGCGGCACAGUCCUCUCAGGUCUCGACAAUGAGCUUUCUCUUUACCUGAUUAAUGUCACUGUCGGCACACCUGGCCAAGACUUUUCCUUGCAGCUCGACACAGGCUCGUCAGAUAUCUGGUUCCCAACCAACAAUGCCAACGUCUGCCGAGAAAGCGCAGACAACUGCCCAGUCGGCACAUACGACGUCCAGGCGUCAAGUACAUACAAGGAUCCACAACUUCCUGAAUUCCAGAUCGAAUACGUUGACGGCACUCAAAUCACUGGAUCAUACAUUUCCGAUACUCUCAGUCUCGGCAACACGCAGUUGACAAACAUGACAAUGGCAGCUGCGACAAAUCUCAACAGUCUGGGAGUGGGCAUUAUGGGCGUAGGUUUCAGGGCAGACGAAUCAGGCGCUACUGGCGCUCAAGGCUCGCAGGGUUUCACUUACCCAAACAUAAUCGAUGUGCUCCAGAGCGAAGGGUUCAUCAAGUCUCGAGUGUACUCGCUGUGGCUCGAUGAUCUGGAGUCGAAUACUGGAUCAAUCCUCUUUGGCGGUGUCGACAGCGACAAGUACACCGGCAACCUUGUGGCGCUUCCGAUUCAGCUCGACAGUCAGUCCAACAGCAUCACUUCGUUCACUGUGGCAUGGACAGGUCUUCAAGUCAAUGGCAGCGGCAACAACCUCGACGCGUCUCCCUCUAGCCCAGCCCCGGCGAUUCUUGAUUCGGGCACCACCGAUACCCUUCUACCAGACGACAUUGCCGAGCAAAUAUUCAACGGUGUGGGUGUGACCACCACAGAAAAGUUUGGAAAUGUCGUGCCUUGUGAGCUGGCCAACGACGACCUUACCUUCACAUUCACCUUCGGCGGAGAGGGCGGACCAUCUAUUCAGGUGCCACUCUCUGAAUUCGUUGUCCCUCUGGAGACCUCGGAUGGGCAAACGCCAAAAUUCCAUGACGGCAAAGACGCUUGCCAGUUUGCCAUGGAGGCUGCUGGUUCGGCUCCGAUCCUCUUCGGCGACUCCUUCCUCCGAAGUGCGUAUGUGGUGUACGAUCUGGAAAAUCAGCAGGUUGCGCUCGCUCAGCUGAACUCGAAGGCUCAGCAAGGUAGUGGCAACGUUCAGGUGGUAGGUUCCUCUAGCGCGAUUCCGGGCGUCAGUUCCACAGCUACUGCGGCGUCUGUUGCUCAGACGAUCACCGGAAUUCCACGAGAAUCGCAAGAAGCCACAGCCACGGGUGAUAUCCAGUCCGGACAGCAGACAUCGAGAAGUGCAACAUUCAAGUUUUCGGCGACUGGGUCAAGUUCAGGCUCAAGCUCUACCUCGAGUGGUGCUGCUAGUAGCAAUGUGCAGGCUCGGCCAAUGCAGUGGCAAGGUCUUGCAAGCUGCGCGGUUGUGGUCUUGGGAAUGGUUUUCGGUGGAGGACUGCUAUUGUGGUGA